AGUUUAGCGAUUUGAGCUACUGAUAAUCAGAACCACCGGUUGACGACGGCGAUAUGUCGAUUAUCACGGCGAUUGGAGUAGUAGGAAGCGGUCAAAUGGGAUCAGGAAUCGCCCUCAUCGCCGCUGCAAACGGAAUCGAUGUCUUCCUUCAUGACACCGACCCUAACGCUCUUAACAGAGCCAAACAAUCAAUUUCCACUUCCAUCGAAUCCCUUGUCAGGAAAGGGAAGAUUUCACAGGCUUCAGGAGCCUGUGCAGAGAAAGGCAUACGAUUUAGUUCAAACCUAGAAGAUCUUGAAUCUUCUGAUAUCAUCAUUGAAGCCAUUGUUGAAUCUGAAGAUGUUAAGAAAAAAUUGUUUUCUGAUUUGGAUAAGAUUGUAAAAAGUUCUGCAAUCUUGGCUACUAAUACGAGUUCCAUCUCCAUAUCUCGACUAGCAUCUGCCACAAACCGACCCCAACAGGUGAUUGGUAUGCAUUUUAUGAAUCCUCCUCCUAUAAUGAAACUAGUUGAAAUCAUUAGAGGUGCAGAUACAUCAGAUGAUACUUAUAACAUCACAAAAGCCUUGGCUGAGAGGUUAGGCAAAACUGUGAUUUGCUCUAAUGAUUAUCCUGGCUUCAUUGUGAACCGAAUCCUGAUGCCUAUGAUAAAUGAAGCAUUUUACGUUCUCUAUACUAAUGUUGCAUCGAAAGAGGAUAUAGAUGCAGGGAUGAAACUGGGAACGAACCAGCCAAUGGGUCCUUUAGAGCUAGCAGAUUUUAUAGGACUGGAUGUUUGUUUGUCUAUACUGAAAGUACUUCAAACUGGUCUUGGAGAUAACCGAUAUGCUCCGUGCCCACUUCUGGUGCAGUACGUUGAUGCAGGUCGACUAGGAAAGAAAAGAGGUGUCGGCGUAUACAAUUAUAAUUCGGAAAAUCUUGAAAACAAACCUUCCCCUAGAAUCUGAAACUAAUACUUGUAUGAGUAGUUUUUACUGUUGGGUUACAACUUACAAGUCAUGUAUGAUGAAAGUAACUUCUUAUUGUA